AUGUCGUCUGCGCUGCUGGACGAGGCCACGCGCAUCGCGCGCGAGUUCGAUUACCCUGCGGACCAGGUCCAGCGCGGUGUUGAUGAGUAUAUCAAGCAAUCAAAUGAGGGUCUGGCAAAGGAAAACACCACAUUGAGCCAAAUUCCUACUUUCGUGACCGCGGUCCCCAAUGGCACUGAAAAGGGCCUUUACCUCGCAGUUGACCUGGGUGGUACCAACUUCCGUGUAUGCUCCGUUCAGCUGCACGGCGACACCACCUUCUCCCUCACUCAGUCCAAGAUCAUGAUCCCCCGGGAACUCAUGGCCUCCGGUACCUCCAAGGAUCUCUUCCUUUUCCUGGCCCGUCAAAUUGAGGCCUUCCUGCGCAUUCACCACAACGAGCACUUUGAGGCCCACCUGCGCCGGAGGCGCGAUGGCAACCAGAUGGAGGACCUCUUCGACUUGGGCUUCACCUUCAGUUUCCCCGUGCGCCAAUUCGGUAUUAACUCCGGAACUCUGAUCCGUUGGACCAAGGGCUUCAACAUCCCCGAUGCCGUCGGUCACGACGUAUGCGCUUUGCUUCAGUCUGCCAUUGACGAGCUCCACCUGCCGGUCCGUGUGGCUGCGCUCGUCAACGAUACCGUCGGCACCCUGAUGGCUCGCUCGUACACUUCCCCCGGCGAGACUGGUACUCUGGUGGGUGCCAUCUUUGGCACUGGAACAAACGGAGCCUACGUCGAGAAGCUCGACAAGGUGACCAAGCUGAAGGACAUGAAGGACGCGAAAUACGAUACCUCCACGGGCGAGAUGAUUAUCAACGCCGAGUGGGGCAGCUUCGACAACCAUAUGAGCGUGCUUCCAGACACCAUCUACGACCAGCAGCUGGAUGCUGACAGCAACAAUCCCGGUGUGCAAAUGUUCGAGAAGCGUGUCUCUGGUAUGUUCCUGGGUGAGAUCCUGCGCCGCGCUCUGCUGGCCAUGCACAACAACCCCGACCUGGGGCUCUUCAAGGCCAGCAAGACCUCCAGCGUCUCCCUCCCCUCCGACUCUCUCUUCUACCGCCAAUGGGGUUUGGACACCAGUCUGCUGAGCCAGGUCGAGGCCGAUACCAGCAAGGACUUUGUCGAGGUGAAGGCUGCGCUCAAGGACCACCUGAAGAUCGAGAACCCCAGCGAUGCCGAGUGCGAGGCUGUCAAGAUCGUCGUUCACGCCAUCGGCAAGCGCGCCGCACGUCUCAGCGCUGUCCCCAUGGCUGCCAUUCUCAUUCACACUGGCAAGCUCGAGACUGAGAGCAUGGUCGAUAUCGGUGUCGAUGGCAGCUUGGUGGAGUUCUACCCUAAGUUUGAGGAGUACAUUCGUGAGGCUUUACGUGAGGUGCCCCAGGUUGGAGUUGCCGGUGACAAGAAGGUUCGCAUCGGUAUUUCCAAGGACGGUAGCGGCGUUGGUGCCGCUUUGAUCGCUCUUGUGGCCAGCAAGGACGAGACUCUGAAGAGCCCCAACGCCAACGAGAAAUGA